CUCUCCACGCCAACACCCUUAACCCCCCCCCCUCUCUCGUUAGGAGACGAAAAUGGAGUUUGUAAGCCCGGAAGGACUUCGAUUAGAUGGCCGUCGUCCCAUGGAAAUGAGGAAAAUUCGAGCGGAGAUUGGUGCAGUUGCGAAAGCUGAUGGCUCUGCUGUUUUCGAGAUGGGGAACACCAAAGUCAUUGCUGCAGUCUACGGGCCUAGAGAGGUCCAAAAUAGGAGCCAACAAAUUACUGACCAGGCACUGGUGCGGUGUGAGUACAGCAUGGCCAAUUUUAGCACAGGAGACCGCAUGAGAAGGCCAAAGGGUGACAGGCGAUCCACAGAAAUAUCUCUAGUAAUCCGUCAAACCAUGGAAGCUUGCAUAUUGACUCACUUAAUGCCUCGUUCUCAGAUAGACAUAUUUGUCCAAGUUCUUCAAGCUGAUGGAGGAACGAGAUCUGCAUGCAUCAAUGCUGCAACAUUGGCCCUUGCAGAUGCCGGGAUUCCAAUGCGUGAUCUUGUCACAUCAUGCAGUGCUGGAUAUCUUAACAGCACUCCUUUGCUGGACCUGAACUAUGUAGAAGAUAGUGCUGGAGGUGCAGAUGUCACCGUAGGGAUCCUAGCAAAGAUGGAUAAAGUGACUCUUCUUCAGAUGGAUGCAAAACUACCCAUGGAUAUCUUUGAAAAUGUCAUGGAACUUGCAACAGAAGGAUGCAAAGCAGUUGCUCAUUACAUUCGGGAAGUGCUGUUGGAGAAUACCAAACAGUUGGAGUAUCGACGAGGCAUAUAGUUUCCGUCAGAUGCACCUUUACCGCUCCAAUCACCUAACACAUGAUGGCGAUGCAGCUCAACUUCAAAUGAUCUUUCAAUCCUCCCUUGGCUGUUUUGUGGGGUCUUGUGAAAGCUAUAGUUCUCUCAACCCGCAUGAUCGUUCAUUGCUCUUACAGCAUGAACAUGGUGGACCUCCUGCCUAUACUACGAUGACAGGAUCACUAGCAUGCAAUUUCUGCCAACUUGGAAUUUUAUGGAUCACUAAAAGCGAUCUCCACCAACUUGGGUUUUAUGUCAUUCUGAAAAUGCGCUUUGUAGUGUAGCUUGUUUGCAGUUUUGCAUCCUUUGUUGCUCCUUUCAAGUUAUGUGCAAUUACAGUAAAACGUGUGGUUUUCCUUUUAAUAGAUAUACUAAGGUGUAUCUGUUAGGGGGCUGUUUGAAUACCACCAAAUAACUAAACUUUUUCUACUUACAGCCGUAGACAAGUGACUUAUUUCGGAUGAGUAAGUUUGGUUUAUGAUUA